AUGGCUGAGCCAAUCCCCCCGCCGCUCAAGAUCCCCGAGGUCAGUCGGUUUCUCAACCGAGCAAACCAGCUGCGCGCCUUUAAGCCAGCCAUUUCAUACUGGUGCGAAUACCAUGCCGUCAACCAGAUUGUAGGAAAGAGCCUCCACACCACCGACGAUGACUGCUUCGCCUUCACAAAGACGCUGCUCGAGCGCCUCGAGGCCACAAAGUCUGAGCGCCCAGACGACGAUGCCAUCAUGGACAAUACGGCAGGCCAGGCCUACGUCGAGCAGUUUGCGCAGGAGACGUUUGAUCGUGCCGAGAGGACAAUGAAGGCGAAUAAAGUGACGAGACAAACCGCCGAUACCUUUGAUGCAGCCGCAACCUUUUUCGACCUCACCCACGAAUGGGGCACCCCCGAACCAGACGUCCUCCAAAAGAUCAAGUUUGCAAAGUGGAACGCCGCCCGCAUCCUCAAGGCCAUCCGCGAAGGAAAGGACCCCAACGAGUCAAACCCCAAGCCCAGAGAAGAAGAGGACGAACUCGCGCUCGAUCCACUAGAUCCCGAUGUCCAGGAACUUACAGCUGCUACUGCUUCACCACCACAGGCCGCAUUCGUGGAAGACGCUCCUGAUGGCGGAGAGCCCUCGCGGGUAGAGCACGUCCAAGACGGAUACUUCCCGCCACAGGCCCCCGAACAGCCGCAGGGCGAGCCAUUCGUUCCGUCGCCAAUGAGCACCAGCCCUGCUCCGCCUGCAGAACCUCUCUUCUCUACGCAGCCUCCGCAUUUCACGCCCCAGCCUACACCUGCCAUUACGCCCCAGCUUCCUCCGCACUUCACAUCCUUUGCGCCUCCUCCUCAGCCUCCUCAGCCAAUCAACCCAUCCGUGCCACCUGCCUGGACGGCUCCUACGGCCUCUGUCCCGCCGGCCAUUGCAUCUCCCAUCCACGCACCGGCUCCGAUAGCGCCGCCGCCGAUUCCCAAGCUGGGAGGCGGCUCGCGAGCGGUGGUAGAUCAGAAGAGCAUGGCGCAGGCGCAGAAACAUGCCAAGUUUGCGAUAUCUGCGUUGAAUUUCGACGAUGUGCCGACGGCGAUCAAGGAGCUGCGGGAUGCGCUGUCUACACUUGGGGCGCUCUAA